AUGGCAAAGGCCGGUGGUGCCGCUGCGCGGCUCAUGCAAGAAUUGCAGCAACUACAGAAGGAGAAGUGGUUGAACGUUGACCUUAUCCGAGAUAACAUCUUUCGUUGGGAUAUCGGCCUGAUCGUUCUUAACCAGGAUAGCGCCUUCAAGAAUGGGUACCUCAAGACUGAAAUGACGUUUAGCGAAGAGUAUCCCUACGCUCCUCCGACGUUCCGCUUCCAGAUUCCCAUCUACCACCCCAAUGUGUACCCUGAUGGCCGGGUCUGCAUCUCAAUCCUGCACCAGCCUGGUGAGGAUCUCAUGUCUGGUGAGGCUGCAAGUGAGCGCUGGUCGCCCCUGCAAGGUGUCGAGUCCGUGCUACGGUCUGUCCUGCUCCUUCUUGAUGACCCCGAGAUCAACUCGCCCGCCCAUGUUGAUGCCGGCGUAAUGUACCGCGACCAUCGUGCCGAGUACAACAAGAAGGCUGCCGAGUGCGUUGAAAGAUCCAAGAAGGAUAUCCCUGAAGGCUUUGUCAUGCCGACCAAUAUCGUAGAAGCACCUCCGACCGUCAAGGAUGCGGAUGACGACUUUUGGAACGAGGAUGACGACCUAGAGGACUUUGACUUUGGUUCCGGCACGGAUGAGGAGUUGCAGGAAGAUGACGAGGAGGAGGAGAAUGGCAGCGACGACGAGGAGUCCUAG